AUUUUAAUAACAGAUUUUAUAAGAAUAUUUUUAUAUUUAUCAUAGACAAAAUUUUAAAAAAUCUUUAUAAUGAGUUUAAAUAAACAUGAGCGAAUGGUGCAUGCUCUAUUUCAAUGGUGCAUAAGUGGCAUUUAUUUAUUUGCAUUUUUAUCUUUGUACUUCCAAGUCCGAGGUUUAGCUUGAGAAACAUGUGUUUUUAUGCACACAUGUGCUAGAGUAGAUGUUACAUUGAAAAAAGUUAUUCACAACCUGUAUAUUCAAAGGCCAGUUGGCAAUCAACAAUUGAUAUGUUUUUAGUUACUAAAGAAACUAUUAAAAAUCUCAGGCCUGUAUGGUCCAGAUGGUCUUCUACCUGCUCAUCUCCAAUUAAAAAGUGAUGCUACAUUACUAGAAAAGUUUAAAGCAAAAUUCACUCUGUUAUGGCUGGCUCCUUACCUAAAACUAAAUGUUGCCUGUGCGAUUGAAUUAUAUUGUAUUAUGGGUGGAUUAUUAUCAGCAGGAGUAAUCAUUUUUGAAAGAUUUAGAAAUCGUUUAAGCUUUUUUGUUUUGUGGUUAAUGUAUUUUUCUAUAUACCAGGUUGGACAAACAUUUAUGUGGUUUCAAUGGGAUAUUCUGUUGUUAGAAACUGGUUUUUUAACUAUAUUUUUAUCUCAAAAUUUACAGAACAGUACAAAUGAAUAUGGAUCUCAUCAUAAUUUGAUUUUUUGGUUGGUAAAAUGGCUUUUAUUUCGAUUGAUGUUUGCUUCUGGUAUUGUAAAACUUACUAGCAUGUGUCCAGCUUGGUGGUCUCUCACAGCUUUAAAUUGGCACUAUGAAUCUCAGUGUAUUCCUACUGCUUUGGCAUGGUAUGCUCAUCAAUUGCCUGAGUUUUUUCAAAAAUUAAGUGUUGUAGUUACGUUUGUCAUAGAAAUCCCUAUUCCGUUUUUGUUCUUUUCUCCGUUACGAUCAUUAAGGCUGUUUGCUUUUUACUCUCAGAUAAUAUUUCAAGUGACAAUUAUUCUUACUGGCAAUUAUAAUUUUUUCAAUGCACUUACUAUUGUAUUAUGUAUAACAUUACUUGAUGAUGAAUAUAUUGAUAAAAUUGCACCAAGGUUUUUAAGAUAUCCAGAAUCAUUUGCUAAAUUACAAAAAACUUCAAGAAUUGUUUCCAUUAUUUCUUCAUUACUAUCCUUUUUUAUUAUUUACUCUCUUAUUUAUUUCACCAAAAAUUUGUUUAACUUAAAAUUAAAAAAUGGAGAAAUAAAUUCAGAAAUAGUAUUUACAAAAGAAAAGUUUUUAAAAUUUGUGGAAGUUACUACAAAAAUUGGAAUUGGAAUUGGAAUUGUGUGUUUUAUGUUGCAAGUUAUAAAGUGUUUUUACAGAUCAAUUUCAACUGAAAGGACUUUGAUAAAGAAAUUAUUCUCAACAAUUAAAUCCACAUUUUUUGUUUUUGUUUCUACCUGGCUAUUUUGUAUAAGCCUUGUACCGUUUACAGAUCUUGAUCGUGGUAUUCAAGAUGAUCUUUGGCCUAUUAUACAAAAAUGGCAUUCUGAUAGUGAAUAUUAUCACAUUGCUAAUAGUUAUGGGUUAUUUAGAAGUAUGACAGGUGUUGGUGGUCGACCAGAGCUAGUUAUUGAAGGAUCAGAUUAUUAUUAUAAAGAAUGGAAGGAAUUGCCAUUUUAUUACAAACCUGGCAAUUUAAGUGCUCCAUUAGGUUUUGUUGCACCACAUCAACCAAGACUUGACUGGCAAAUGUGGUUUGCUGCACUUGGUUCUUAUCAACGCAAUCCAUGGUUUGUUCAUCUCAUUUAUAAAAUAUUACAAGGUAGUAAAGAUGUAGCGUACCUGAUGGCUCCUUCGCCUUUUAAAAAUAAUCCUCCAAAAUAUGUUCGAUCAAGUCUUUAUACAUAUCACUAUACCAAACUAAGAAAUAUGUCAGAGUUUUUUAUCCAAUCCAGAAAAAUUAAAAAGUGGUGGAGAAGAGAGUAUUCUAAAGAAUACACACCUCCACUAUCAAAAGACGAUCCUUCUUUAAUUAAAUACAUUCAUGAUAUGGGAUGGAACAGCAAGAAUAAAGUUGAUGACGAAAUGGCAGAAGGAACUUUGUUUGUAAUUCUUAAUUUCUUGUAUCAACACUCGCGAGAUAUAAGUCCAACGGCAUUUAUUUUGCAUUCCUACCUUAUCAGUGUUUUAACUUGUUUUAUAAAACAUUUUUUAACAUUUUAAUAUCGAUCUUCAUUGAUUUUUUUUUUGUUCGUCUUUAAACUGUUCUAUAAAAUGUUCUUUUUGUUUACACCAUUAUAUCGAUAAAUGAAUAUUUUAAACUUUUUUAAACUAAAAUACAUUCAAGACUUUCAAUUGUUUCGAUAUUAUUUUUUCAUUUUAGUUUUUUAAAAGUUUCGUUAUUAUUUUUAAACGAGUAGAAAAGUUAUUUAUGCGUAAAACUAUUAGGGUAGAUUCGGGUAAUAUGAGCACCUAGGUAAUAUGAGCAUACAAAAAGAUUUCUAAAAUUUGGGUAGUAAAGUUCAA